GACGCCACAUUACGAGUAGAAAGAGAGAGAGAGAGGGCUCUCAAUGACUGGGGCUGCAGGGUGGAUGGAUGCGGGGGCUGGCUGCUCGCAUGAAAACGCGCGCAUUCCUGCGCGGCUGUCAUGUACGCUGAGGCUGUGAGUAGGAAGGGCUCAUUGCUUUGGGCUGAGCGCAGGAGGAGCGUUGCGCUCAGUGGCUCCCGCCGGUGGUGAGCAGAAACGACGGGGGCUCGGGGGCACGGGGGAGACUCGCAGAGAUCCCGAGCGUGGAGCCACGCGGCUCCAAAGUCAGUGCAGCGCCAGGACUCGGGAAGGAGGAAUGACAAUCAGUGAGUGCGUCUGACCGAAGACCCGAGAUAUAUUAUUAUACUUAUAUAUGUGUGCAAAGAAAACAAGGCCUGUAAGCUCAUCACCGUCCACGCAUCGGCAUGGCUCUCCGAAGACUGCCCGGGGUGCUACCGCCACAGCUUGCACCGGUGGCACCGCUGGCGCUGGCGCUGCUGCUGUGCGCCGGGGUCUGCACGCCGGCCUUCCCGCCCUCGCCACGGAGGUCGGCGCUGGGCGAGCUGCCCCCCGGCGGCGGCGGCGGCGGCGGCGGGCGGCGCUCGUUCCACCGCGUGCAGCACGGCUCCUGCGUCUACACCUUCCUGCUGCCCGAGGUGGACGGGUGCCGGGCAGCCGCGGCCGAACGGGGGGGGGCAACGGGCCCUGCCGCCGUCGCCGCCGCGGCGUCCCAGAGCGGCUACGGUGGCAACCCCAACGCGCUGCCGCAGCGCGAUGCGCCAGCGUCCGCGGCGACCCCCGAGACCGAGUGGCCGCAGCCUCGGCUCCAGCAGCUGGAGACUUUGCUGGAGAACAACACGCAGUGGCUGCGCAAGCUGGAGGGGUUCAUCCAGGACAGCGUGCACAGCGAGACGGCGCAGCAGCAGCAGACGGCCGUGCACAACCAGACGGCCGCCAUGCUGCAGAUCGGCACCAGCCUGCUGAGCCACACGGCCGAGCAGACGCGCAAGCUCUCCGACGUGGAGGCGCAGGUGUUAAACCAGACGACCAGGCUGGAGAUUCAGCUCCUGGAGAACUCGCUGUCGACCAACAAGCUGGAGAGAGAAGUGCUGCAGCAAACGCAUGACAUCAGCCGGCUGCACGACAAAAACAGCUUGCUGGAGCGGAAGGUGGUCGAGGUGGAGCAGAGGCAGCAGCAGGAGCUGCAGGCGCUGCGGCGUGAGCGCGACGAGCUGCAGCAGGCUGUGGUGCAGCGCGGCGAGCUCAUGGACGCCCUGGAGCGCCGGCUGCUGGGGGCCACGCACAACCAGACGGUGUUGCAGCGGCAGCAGGCGGAGCUCACCGAGACGGUGCGCACGCUGCUCAACGCCAUCGCGCAAGCGAGCAGCCAAGGGCCCGCAAAGGAAGACGCGAUCCUGUUCAGCGACUGCGCCGACGCGUACGAAGCUGGACUCACGGCCAGCGGCGUUUACACCGUCAAAAUCUCGGACAGCACCGAGGCCAUGAAGGUCUACUGCAACAUGGAGUCACAAGGCGGCGGGUGGACCGUCAUCCAGCACCGAGAAAACGGCGCCACAGACUUCCACCGCCCAUGGCAGGAGUACAAGAUGGGCUUUGGCGACGUGGCGGCAGAGCACUGGAUGGGCAACCAGCACGUGUAUUACCUGUCGCACCAGCAGCACUUUGUGCUGAGGGUGGAGCUGCGCGACUGGGAGGGCAACGUCGCCUUCUCGCAGUACGAGCGCUUCUACAUCAGCAGCGAGAAGCUCAACUACAGGAUCUACGUUAAAGGCUACACGGGCACAGCCGGCAAGUACAGCAGCUUUGCGCAGUCCGGCAUCGACUUCAGCACCAAAGACAUGGACAACGACAACUGCGCUUGCAAGUGUGCACAGAUGGCAACAGGAGGCUGGUGGUUUGAUGCAUGUGGCCCCUCCAACCUCAACGGCAUGUACUACACGGCCGGGCAGAACACCGGCAAGUUCAACGGCAUCAAGUGGCAUUACUGGAAGGGCUCGAGCUACUCUCUGCGAUCCACCACCAUGAUGAUCCGACCGGUGGACUUUGGAGUGUGACGUCCGCCAAAGGGACCCGAUGAGACGCAUUCCCUUCUGCUGGAACGCGGCAGCCGGGACGGAAGCCAGAGACGGACUUCCGGGCGGCGUCACCGCUCACGUUGGGAAUGCCGAGAGCCACGAACUGCAAACCAAAACCUUCCACACCUCCCCCAUAUGCCGGCUAGCGUAUGGCCCCGUGCCACUGAGGAUUCUCAAUGAGAUGAAGGUGAAGCUGACGACAAAACGAUUCACCUGGUGCUGUGCCGUGCAACAUACACAUUCAUGUUUUGCGAACGCUUUGUUUCUGUACAGACCGCUGUGUUGUAAUUACGUAUUUUGCACCGCGUUUUACUCGAAUAGAAAACGUCGCAUACCCUCCUAUUCUUAUUAUUUUAUGUUUUAAAUUAGUUUUUACAAAAUUGAUAUUGUAACCAUGAGUAGGAAGAUGGGGUACGAGGCAUCGAUGCCACACAAGAGAAAAAAAACUACUUCGCUGACAUGUUAAUUGCUGAUUUGAAGCUUUCGUAACUGCAGGAAUCCAUACUCUUUGGUUCUUUCGGUAAAGUCACGUAGGUAGAAAAUUAAUAGAUCACGACGUUUCGAUCGAAACCGAAAGAACCAAAGAGUAUGUUCAUUGCUAUUCGUUUCCUUUACACGUUUUAACUUCCUUGUAGAGUAAAGUGUUGUUGACCAGCAUCUAAGACUGACCCCGUGAGACAGCACGUUUCACUUUCCCCAUCGCGCAGCCAUACCUCGGAUGUCCAAAUGACUACAGUCAUAGUUUGUAUGAAUAUUCCCAUACUGAACUAUAUAUUUAAACAUUGAGAAAACUCUUUAUGAGCAAAACGAUAAGAAAAAUAUAGCAAGAGCCAACAAUCAGACACGAAGAGAUAUAUGAUACGCAGGAUAUUUUGAGAAAAAAAAUCAAGAUCCUUUGUGGGUUUCUAGCUGCAAAGUCAAAACAUUGAGAUCACUCCACUGCACACUUACUGGACAUUUUAAUAUGGUGUUGUCGGAGUGCAUUUAGCUAUAAAUUUUGCUAAACCGUAGUCUCAUUAUUUAAUUGUGUUAAAAAGCAAUUAAAACUCUCACACAUGUACUUUGUUGUUGCUAAACUUUGUUGAAUACUCCACAAUGUGUUUUUAUGAUCGAAAAAAAUGUUUAACGUUUUUUGUAAAAUAUGACAAUAAAAUAAAGCAGGGCCAAUUUUGUA